GAGCAACAACCUCCGUCUCAUCUGUUAUGUAUUUCACGCCAGCGCAGAAGGAGGUGCUGAUCAAGCACCUGCGGGCAGGAUGUAACUCAAGGAAGGAAUGCGCCGGUUGGCGAGCGAACAUCGCCGCCGAGUUGGGCGGUGUGGACACCGCACGGAUCGAUCGAUGGUUCUGCAACAACAGAGGCCUGGUCUCGGAUGAAGGGUUGGCAAAGCAUCGAGCAACAAGACAGCACCACGACGAACGUCGACAACUUCCACCCACCCAUCCCGACGACUACCACCCGACCUUUCCCCGACAGCAGCAAAUGGCAUACGGAGUCUCGACCCCCCAAUAUUAUGCCACCAUGGGCUCUCCAUCGACUGCUUCCGGGGACUUGAAACGACGCGGGCAUGAAUCGUCAGCCUCCGCGUCCCAGCAUUGGCAGCAACACGACUACAUAUCCGACAAGAAGCCAAAACUCGAGCAUCAUGUACACGCGAGGACACAGCAACAACCAGCGCGAAUUAUGUUGCCGCAGCUAGCACCCCUUUCUCAACAAUUCAAGGUUGAAGGAGGGGCGCCGCCACGACUGCUGCCUGGAUCGUCGUCCGCAUUUCCCCAGACUAACGUACUCCGCCGUUUUGCUCUUCCUAGCAUGGCGUCCAUGCAGUCACAAUCUGCAAUGCAGCAAUCCCCGUGCCAGCAGCAGCAUACCCAACACCUUCCUGGGAUGGCCGACGCCACACACCAGCCACAACAGUUGUAUCCACCAUCAUACGGUUCCACGUCCUACAUGUCGAAGCACGAACCAGCGGACAACCACACAAAUCCAUAUCCACAUCACCCCCCCGCUCCUCGGCUACACGGCCGCGCCGCCGUCUCGCCGCUAUUUCCUUCGCCCUCCGGCGGUUUACCACAACUUCCCCCGCACCAUCAACAGCAUGUCCCGCUGGCCUCGCAGCAACAACCCCAUCGACGCCGGCAUGACGACGACAAGACAGACGAUGCAAUGGUUCCAGUCGCCAAACGAGCGCGCCAGUCCAAGGCGACGAAGAAGCCACCAGGGGAGACUGGUUCGAACAUACCAGAAAAACGCCUCGCGCGGUAUCGUACGGUCGCCAGCCAGCAGACCCAAGACCGCAUCGCCCGCGCGAUCCACCAGCGCAUGUUUUUAAUCGAAAAGCAAGUGAAGUCUCCGCUGCACCAAACAUUUGCCGUCCUUGGCAGCACGGGCAACAUUUACACCGUGUCGAUUGAAUUCGUGCCCGCGUGCACGUGUCCGGACUUCCUCAAAGGCAAUCUCUGCAAGCACAUCCUGUCCGUGUGUCUCCCGUUAAAGUCAGGUUUUUGUUCAUUGAGUUGGAGUAGAUUUGUGUACUUGAAGUGCCUCCGUGUACCCGCGACGAGCCCCCACGUGUUCCAGAAAGCGCUGUUGACGUCGGAACUGCAAGAAAUCUUUGAGACGGCAUCGCAGGCCGACCCCACGGCGGUGGCCAACGCCCGAGUGGUGACACAUUACCGCGCGGCGCUCGCGUCUGGCGCCUCCCCAGGCACCCCCGACUUGGGAGGCGUACAGCAAAAGAGCCUGGAAGCGGCGGACUGCCCAAUUUGUUUCGAGGCGCUGGACGACGGCAGACCCGUCGUGUGGUGCAAAGAGCAAUGUGGGAACAACAUUCACUCCGAGUGCUUUGGCCAAUGGGAAAAGUCGCGCCGGGCCACCGGUGUUCCGCUGACGUGUAUAUAUUGCCGAGCCAAGUGGCCUUCACCGUCGUCCCGUGGAAAAGCGAGAGCCCGCGAUGACCAAGGGUACAUGAACUUGGCCGCUGUGGCCAACUUGCCCAGGCAACGAGAUACAUCGACGUAUCGCCAGCAGCGGUCGCGGUGGCAUCGACACGACGAACACGACUUUGAUGAUUAUUGAUGGAUAGAACAAUAGCAACCAAAUAACACGAGUGGAACUAUUGUCGA